AAUGUCAAUAAACUUUAUUGACAAGUUUGGAAUUGAACAAGGCUGACAUCCAGCAGUGUGACUGAGAGCGGUUUGUUAUUCUCCCUUGAGAUCCGAGGAUAGACGGAGUGACCUGUUACAGACAGACAGACAGACAGAUAUACAGAAAGACAGAGACACAGAUAGACACACAGACGGAAGUUGGUAUGUGGUUACCAUGGUGAUGUGACUGUCAGCUGACCGGAAGUGGUGCCAUGUGACUGUCCAAGGCCUGAAACUUAGAGGGUUUAACGGUAAAUAUGACUCAAGCAGAGGCCAAACUGUGCUCAUUAUUGCUGCAGGAGCAUUACGGGGAGAUUGUGGAUCGCGUCGGAUGUUUUCUCAUCCGUACUGGCAGCCAGCCUCUGAGAGUGAUUGCUAAUGACACAGGCACUCCUUUGGAUCAGGUAAAAAAAGCUCUAUGUGUUCUUAUCCAACACAAUCUGGUGUCUUACCAAAUACACAAACGUGGCUUUGUGGAGUAUUUUGCGCACUGCGACCGCUACCUGCGGAUCCUCCGUUACCCCCGCUACAUUUACACGGCAAAGACUCUUUAUGGCGACACCGGUGAACUGAUUGUGGAGGAGCUGCUACUGAAUGGAAAGAUGACAUUUAGUGCCGUGGUGAAGAAAGUGGCCGACCGGCUGACGGAAACCAUGGAAGAUGGGAAGAGCGUGGAUUACAGUGAGGUAUCUGGGACAUUCUCCAGUUUGGCUGACACACACUUCAUACAGAGGUGCCCAGGUCUUCCUGAAAUGGAAUCCACAAAAGGAUCUGACAGCCGCAGACCUGUAGCACCCUCGCUGGUCAUCGACGAGAAAGACAUGUACACUAUUCCCAAAGUAAACAUGCUUGGAAGAGGCAAAAGACGCCGGUCUUCUGAUGACGAGGAAGAAGGAAAUAAGGGGAAGAGACAAAAGAAAGAUACAGGCCCAGAGUCCAACGAAGACGACGGAAUCUACUGGCAGAUUCAAAUGGAGCGUUUCCAUCAGCACUUCCGAGAUCAAGCAGUCAUCAGUGCCAUAUCCAAUAAAAUGGACCAGACCAGCAGUGAGAUCGUGCGGACAAUGUUGAGAAUGAGCGAGGUCACCACACCUUCCAGUGCUGCCUACACUCACCCGCUGUCAUCCAGUGAAAUCUUCAGAUCUUUGCCCACAGGAUACAACAUCUCCAAACAAGUCUUGGACCAGUACCUUACCCUUUUGGCUGAUGACCCGUUGGAGUUUGUCGGGCGGUCUGGGGACAGCGGUGGAGGGAUGUUUGUCAUCAAUCUUCACAAGGCAAUUGCUUCUCUAGCCACUUCAAACUUGCAAUCCAUUGUGCAGGAGAGGUUCGGUUCUCGAUGCGCAAGGAUUUUCCGGCUUCUCCUCUGCAAGAAACACUUGGAACAGAAGCAAGUGGAAGAUUUUGCAAUGAUCCCAGCCAAGGAGGCAAAGGACAUGCUUUAUAAAAUGCUGUCUGAGAAUCUGGUUUACCUACAGGAAAUUCCCAAAACCCCAGAUCACGCGCCGGCUCGAACAUUCUAUUUAUACGCAGUGAACACGCUGUCCUCUGCUCGCAUGUUGUUGCAGAGAUGUUACAAGACCGUUGCAAACCUGAUAGAGCGGAGACAGUACGAGACCAAAGAGAACAAACGGCUGCUGGAAAAAUCUCAGAGGAUUGAAGCCAUCCUAGCAUCCAUGCAAGCCACAGGAGCAGAGGAGACUCAGCUGCAGGAGAUCGAGGAGAUGAUCACUGCUCCAGAACGUCAGCAGAUUGAGAACCUAAAGCGAAAUGUCAACAAGUUGGACGCCAGUGAAAUUCAGGUUGACGAUACCAUCUUUAUUUUAGAAUCGUACAUCAAUAGCACAAAGACCAAAAUCUGAGAGAGGCUCAGAGGGCAAUGGUUUGACCAGGUUUCCU